AUGGGGCACCUUGUCUCCAAACACAAACAGACGGAUCUAAACAACAUGCCUCAAGGUCACUUUUCUGUUACUGAAGAGGUAUCACGACAAUACCCAAGUCAGGAAGAGGGUACUGUAGGAGCAAUUCAGGCUAGUGGAACUAGUCAUGAAAUUAGCAUGAACAUGGAAUGGGAAACCCCCAGACAGGCAUCUGAACCCCAGAAUUCAAGGCAAGACAGCCAACGACAGUCCAUUUACAGCACCAUGGAUGCAGUGCCUCAUCUUGAGUUUUACACCAACUCCAUAGGUCGGCAACGACGUAGCAGGCCAUCAAUGGAGGUUCUCCGCAAUGUUUCUGAAUGGCAGGGUACACCCUGGACAAGUCGCCAGGAUUAUGAACCAAGUAGCAAUAUGGGAGACUUAAAAACAGAAAGCCAAUCAGUGGCCCAAGAACAGGAAGAGAAGCAACAGAACAAGAAGACCACCCAACCAGUCCGCUUUGGCUGGGUCACAGGUGUCAUGGUUCGAUGUAUGCUGAAUAUCUGGGGAGUAAUUCUGUUCCUGAGACUACCUUGGAUUACAGCUCAGGCAGGAAUCCUUACCACUUGGGUUAUCAUCUUCAUGUCUGUACUGGUAACCUCAAUCACUUCAUUGUCAGUAUCAGCUAUUUCCACCAACGGGAGAGUCUCCUCUGGUGGUGCCUACUUUAUGAUUUCACGCACUUUGGGUCCUGAAUUGGGGGGUCCGAUUGGUAUGGUAUUCUCCUUUGCCAAUGCUCUUGCCUGUGCACUCAACACUGUGGGAUUUGCAGAGACUGUCAGAGAUCUUCUUAUUAGUUAUAAUGCUGUCAUUGUGGAUGAAAUCAAUGAUGUGCGUAUAAUAGGUACAAUCACAGUCAGUUGUCUUUUGUUGAUCUCUCUGGCUGGAAUGGAAUGGGAGUCAAAGACUCAGAUUUUAUUCUUCCUUGUACUGAUUGUGACCUUCAUUAACUAUUUUGUGGGCACUGUGAUACCAGCCACUCCAGUGAAACAGUCAAUGGGCUUCUUCAACUACAGAUAUGAGAUCUUUGUGGACAACUUGCUUCCUAAGUGGAGAGGGUCACAAGGAAAUUUCUUCCAGAUGUUUGCCAUCUUUUUCCCUUCUGCAAUUGGCAUUUUGGCAGGUGCCAAUAUCUCUGGAGAUCUGAAGGACCCUGAGACUGCUAUCCCCAAAGGAACACUAAUGGCCAUCUUUUGGACAACCAUAAGCUAUUUGGCAAUAUCUGCAACUGUAGGGGCAUGUGUGGUGCAAGAUGCUUCUGGAAACAUGAAUGACAGGUUGCAAGAGAACUUCUCAGAGCUAUGUGAGGGUCUAGGAUGCAAGCUAGGUUGGGACUUUACUAUGUGUGAGCAGAACCAAAACUGUUCCUUUGGCCUGGCCAACGACUUUCAGGUGCUCAGUAUGGUGUCAGGUUUUGGCCCCCUCAUUACUGCUGGCAUUUUUGCAGCCAGUUUAUCAUCAGCUCUUGCCUUCCUGGUCUCUGCUCCUAAAGUCUUCCAAUGUCUCUGCAGGGACAACAUAUACCCAUACAUAAGCAUCUUUGCAAAGGGAUAUGGGAAAAAUAAUGAGCCACUGCGUGCCUACAUUCUAACCUAUGUCAUUGCUUUGGCCUUCAUUCUGAUUGCUAAUUUGAACACCAUCGCUCCUCUUAUCUCUAAUUUCUUUCUGUGCUCCUACGCUCUCAUCAAUUUCAGCUGCUUCCAUGCCUCCAUCACCAACUCCCCAGGGUGGAGGCCAUCUUUCAAAUACUACAGCCGCUGGACUGCUCUGUUUGGGGCAGUUAUCUCUGUGGUGCUGAUGUUCUUGCUCACCUGGUGGGCUGCUCUUAUCACCUUUGGCGUCAUCUUCUUUUUGUUUGGUUAUGUUAUGUACAAGAAACCAAAGGUUAAUUGGGGCUCAUCUGUCCAGGCUGGUACGUACAACAUGGCUCUGACAUAUUCAGUCUCUCUUGCUACUGUAGAAGACCAUGUCAAGAAUUUCAGACCUCAGUGUCUAGUUUUGACUGGUCCUCCAAACUUGCGUCCAGCUCUAGUGGACUUUGUGGGCUCUUUCACAAAGAAUGUCAGUCUGAUGAUCUGUGGAAACAUUCUCAUGGAUGAGAAUAAUUCCGUCACACCCCAAGCCAAUACAGACAAAUUAGUAAAAUGGCUGAACAAUAGGAAGGUCCGCUCCUUCUACACUCCCUUUAAGGGAAACAGUUUGAGAGAUGGAACUCAGCAUCUCAUGCAGGCUUCUGGUUUGGGAAAACUCAAGCCUAAUACACUGGUCAUGGGGUUCAAGACUAACUGGAAGGAGUGCAGUCCCUCUAACUUGGAGGAUUAUGUUAACACAAUAUAUGACACAUUUGAUUCUAACUAUGGAGUGUGUAUUCUCAGAAUGAUGGAUGGACUUGACAUUGCAGAAGAGGUAGAGUCUGGAGCAAAUCAAGCCUUUGAGACCGAUGAGACCAUCGAGUCAGAUCACAGUCAAAAUUCGGAAAUAAACUCAGAUGAUGAAAAAUCAAAUUGCAUUAUUGACAACGAGAUCAGAACAGUUUUUCAGAAUAAACAGGGACGGAAGACCAUAGAUGUGUACUGGAUCUCUGAUGACGGAGGUCUGACUCUGUUGGUGCCAUAUCUGUUAACUAGAAGGAAGCGCUGGAGGAGAAGUAAAGUUCGAGUUUUUGUCAUAGGGGACCUGCAGAACGUGGAGGAUGAGCGCAAAGAGAUGAUGACUUUACUACGAAGAUUUCGUUUGGAUGUCCAUGAUGUCAUUGUAAUGACAGACACUGAAAGGUUGCCUUCCUCCAAAAACUUGAAGCGAUUUGAGGACUCUAUUGCCUUGUUCAAGUUGCAAGAGGAGCAGCAGAGAGAAACGUCAGAUCAGCAGCAACAGACAUCCUGUCCAUGGAAAGUUUCAGAUAAACAGAUGGAUACAUUCAGGCUCAAGUCAGAGAAAAAGGUGAGAUUGAAUGAGAUCAUUCGGAGGAAUUCCAAACAUGCUGCUCUGAUCUUGGUUUCGUUACCUGUCCCUCCAAAUGACUGUCCCAGCUCUCUCUAUAUGGCCUGGCUGGACACUCUGAGCUUUGGACUUCACUGCCCCGUCCUGUUUAUACGAGGAAAUCAGAAAAACGUACUCACAUUCUACUGCCAGUAA